AUGACGACAGCAUCGUCGACCAUCACGAGUGCUACCAGCAUGACCAACACUAGCAGGACUCUGACGAGCAGCAGCACGAGCAGUUCCAGCGGGACUGUGACCAGCAGCAGCACGAGCACGACCACCACGAUUGUGACAAGCAGCAGCACUGCAGCCAGCACGUCAGCGAGCAGCACAAGUGACAGCAGCACGAGCAGCGUCAUUGUGACCAGCCAGUCACUGACCAGCACAGAUAGCAGCAGCACGACAGCGCUGGUGUUCUCGUUGCUGAACGUUGGCCAGGUCUGCGCAGACUUCGGGACGCUGGACGUGACUGAAGAGACCAUGUGCAGUGGGACGGCGCUUCAGAGCCUCGGGCUGGAAGACAAACCGUUCAUGUCUAUGUCUGGUUUGGGGUUCAAUGGUUGCGUCUACAGCAGCCAGACUGAUGGGAUCUUCUGGAGCGAGUCCAGCGGACCCUUCGGAGGGAACCCAUAUCUUCGAUUCAUUUGUAUCGGGCAGACUACAACGUCCACGACCUCGACGGCCACUACCAGCAGCGCCACUACACUUACUAUGGCGACAGCAUCGUCGACCAUCACGAGUGCUACCAGCAUGACCAACACUAGCAGGACUCUGACGAGCAGCAGCACGAGCAGUUCAGCGGGACUGUGA